UUAAUAUUUUAUCUUUAUUAUGAACCUGUAGAACAAUUUAUUACAUAAUGUUAGUUGCAUUAACAGCAGGGGUAGAAAAAGUACUAAGAAAUUAUAUUUAUGUGAAAGUUGAGAUGACUUAUCAAAAUCUUUCUUAGUUAAAAGUGGAAGUAUCCAGCCAAAAAUCAACUUAAUUGAAAGUCAGUUAAAAGGAAAAAAGAAAAUUAAAUGGGGCACUUAGUGGUUAGCACGUUCGCCUCACACCUCCAGGGUCAGGGGUUCGAUUCCCUCCGUGGAUUUGAGUUUGCGUGUUCUCCCCGUGCUGCGGGGGUUUCCUCUGGGUACUCCGGUUUCCUCCUCCAGUCCAAAGACAUGCAUGGUAGGCUGAUUGGCAUGUCCAAAGUGUCCGUAGUGUAUGAAUGGGUGUGUGAAUGUGUAUGUGAGUUUUACCCUGCAAUGGACUGGCACCCUGUCCAGGGUGUACCCUGCCUUGUGCCCGAUGCUUCCUGGGAUAGGCUCCAGGUUCCCCUGUGACCCCGAAGAGGAUAAGCGGUAUAGAAGAUCGAUGGAUGAAGAAAAUUAAAUAUGCACAUGGAUUCCUGAGCCCAGGAUACUGAUGAAGAAGAGACCUUUGAGGUUUGACCGAUGCCUAGUAGUGCUGACACAGCGAGGUACGAGGUCCCUUUCCAGAACCUUCAAACUGACCCUCCUUUUGCAGUGAAAUGAACUUCCAACCUCAAUCCGGACAGCAGAAUCUGUCACUAUCUUCAAAAAAAAUGGCUAAAACCCCACCUCUUCUAACCCCUAACUUGUCUCCUUGUCAAAAAAAUAAAAAUAAAACCUGCACCUACUCUGGCUCUUACACCUCUACUCUGUGUACCUUGCUCCUCUGGCACUCAAUUAAAAACAAUCUUGUAUGGUAGCACUACUUGUAUUGUUCUCUGCUUGAUACAUUGCUCUGGUGGUAUUUAAUUAUAAUCUGCUAAAUGAAUAAAUGUAAAUGAUUGGAAUGAGUACUUUGAUUGUAUAGGCCUAAGUAAAAUAUAAACCACACAAAUCAAUACUUAAGUGUAGUAACAAAGUACAGCUUACUUUUUUUUUAACAUACUGUAGCACACAGUUCAAAAACUUAUUUAUCAUACUUUACCUCAUGGCCAACAUUACCUGAAUCCACCCCAUAUAUUUCCACUAAAGCCAUUCUAGUUACAUUGCUUGAAUGAAUUUCAUUUUACAUGAAAUAAAUCAUGAAUGGGCACCAAAACGUGCCCAUUCAUGAGUGAGCGCGUGCGGAGGUGAAUGACCCUUAUACAUGAAUGAGGUUGUGCGUCAGGGAACAAAAAUAAAUAAAUAAACCUAAAUAUAUAUAUUUUUUGAAUGUUCUGUUCUCUUCCACGGCGGGGCAGCGUUUCUACACAUUGACAGAGUCACGGCAUUAAGAGAGAAUUGAACUCGCCGCCCGAAUUAUCAAAUGCGAAUUCUCUCCAAAGCUAUAAAAAAGUGCGCGCGCGCGCACGUGCUGCCUCGCGACUGACGCGCCGCACGCGACGAGGCUUAUUCCCGGUCUUUUUACGCAACCCAAAGUAUAGACUACUCGAAAAGUUUUGCAAUGUCGCGAACACCUGUGAGUGAUGCCGAGGACUGAAAAGUGUGGUUUAAAAUGAACACAAAUGGCAGCAUAUUAUCGAACAUUUCCUCGCUGCCCCCUCACGAGCUCACACUCAGCCGUCCUCCGUGGCUUUCCUGCACUCUGGGGAGCGUGCUCAUCUUCACCAUCGUGGUCGACAUACUGGGCAACCUGCUGGUUAUUAUCUCCGUGUACAGGAAUAAGAAGCUCAGAAACGCAGGGAACAUAUUUGUGGUGAGCCUGGCAGUAGCAGACCUAGUGGUGGCAGUUUAUCCCUACCCACUGGUGCUGAUGUCUAUUUUCAACAAUGGAUGGAACCUGGGCUUUGUACAUUGCCAAAUCAGUGGCUUUCUGAUGGGAUUAAGUGUCAUUGGGUCCAUAUUUAACAUCACUGGCAUUGCUAUAAACCGGUACUGUUACAUUUGUCACAGCCUCAAGUAUGACAAGCUCUACAGUGACAAAAACUCCCUGUGUUAUGUGAUCCUAAUCUGGAUCCUGACCGUUGUCGCUAUAGUGCCGAACUUCUUCGUGGGCUCGCUGCAGUAUGACCCCCGGGUGUACUCAUGCACGUUCGCGCAGUCAGCCAGUUCAGCCUAUACCAUUGCCGUGGUCUUCUUCCACUUCAUCCUUCCCAUAUUGGUCGUCACAUAUUGCUACCUGAGGAUCUGGAUUCUGGUCAUACAAGUGCGAAGACGCGUCAAGCCCGAUUUCCGAACCAAGCUUACGCCACAUACCGUGAGGAAUUUUGUCACCAUGUUUGUAGUGUUCGUGCUUUUUGCCAUAUGCUGGGCACCGCUCAACUUUAUCGGCCUGGCUGUUGCUGUGAACCCUGAGCGGGUAGCGCCUCUCAUCCCGGAGUGGCUCUUUGUAUUCAGUUAUUUCAUGGCCUACUUUAACAGCUGCCUUAAUGCCAUUGUCUAUGGACUGCUCAAUCAGAACUUUAGACAGGAGUACAAAAAAAUCAUCAUCUCAUUUUGCACUGCUAGGAUGUUCUACGCAGACAGCUCUAACAAUGCUGUUGACAGGAUAAAAAGCAAGCCGUCAGCUUUAAUGUCAAACAACAACCAAGUCAAAGUUGACUCAGUGUAA